AUGGACGCGGCUGAGCCCCGCGCGCGGCCCGAGCGCCUGGCCGAGGCCGAUCGGCUGGUGGAGGUGCAGCUGAGCGGCGGCGCCCCGUGGGGCUUCACUUUGAAGGGCGGCCGCGAGCACGGGGAGCCGCUGGUCAUCACCAAGGUCGAAGAAGGCAGCAAGGCGGCAGCAGGGGACAAGCUGGUGGCUGGGGACGAGAUCGUGGGCAUCAACGGUGUGGCGCUGUCGGGCUUCCGGCAGGAGGCCAUCUGCCUGGUCAAAGGCUCCCAUCGCAGCCUCAAGCUGCUGCUGAGAAGGAGCAGUGAGCACAGCUGGAGACCGCACUCGUGGCAUGCCACCAAGUUCUGUGACAGCCAGUCUGAUACUGCCACGGCACAUGUCGCCUCCGCUGGUCCAUCCUGGCACAGCCGCCACCAUGCCAGCUCGUCCUCCUGCGACCUGCUGGGCACUUGGGACCAAGCGGGUCUGCAGCGCACAUCCGGCCACUCCAGCUCCCUGGGCAGCGUAGACAGCCUGGAACAGCGCUCGCAGCCCCAAGGCUCCCCACCCGGCCACCUGUCGGCCGCCAAAUCCAGCAGCAGCAUUGAGCACCUGGGCGGGCCUGGCACGCGCGACUCGGCCUAUGGCUCGCUGUCCACCAGCUCCGGCACCCCCGACCCCACACUGCCCCGCACUGACGCCUCAUCUGCUGAUAACCUGCUCUACAAAGUCGGGCUCUGGGAGGCUUCCAAGGCCGGAGGCCGCGCUGGGGAUGAGCGACCAGGAUCCUUCCCCUCUCGCGUGCCCGGGACUGGCCGAAGCAGUCCAGAGCCCAAGACUCUGCCUGCCACCCGCUCUAGUUUCGGGCCCGUUUGGCAUGUGCCGGAGAAGACCAAAACCCCUGGAUUCCCACCGCCGGCACCCCCACUGCGCUCUGACAGCUUUGCGGCCACCAAGAGCCACGAGCAAGCCCAAGUAUCUGACACGGUGCACACCCGCACUCCAGCCAGCAGUCUCGGGAAGCCAGCACACACCAGUGACACCCAGCGGAGGCCUACGGGCCUGGACUGUGCCUCUGAUCUGCACCUGGAGGGAGGCUGGGCCUCCUGUGAUGUGGCAGCAGGCAGCUUCGGCCGGCUUCAGGCCUGGCUGUCCAGCUCGGAUGUCCGUUUGCCAGCACCACCAUCACAGUAUGGGGUCCAACACACACGGCAAGGCAGUCAUGACGGUCUCAUCCACCAGGGCCAUAGGGAGCCACCAGGGCCCCGAAACCCUGCGGAGGGUGUCCCCACCCUGCACAAUCAGCUUCGCUGGGUGGACACAGGCGAGCCGAGGCCAGAAGUGGCCGGGCCAGGACCCUAUCAUUGUGUGGCUGCCAAACACUGCCCACUGGCGGCUUCCCAGGGUCCACUGACCUGGGCAGGGUCCUGGCAGGGGGACAAGUCUGCAGCUGCCCAGGCAAGGGGUCUAAGCACUGGACAGCACCCUCCACAGCAUGAGCUUGUCCAGGUGAAAGAAAAGGGACUUGCCGGGGACUGGUCCCGAGGCAUUGAGGACCCAUCAAGAACCGGGUGUGUGGACACAGCCAGGACGAAAGCAGAUGUGGGUGGCAGAGUCUGCUCGAAUGACACGCUGCUGCUGCAUUCUUUGGCCCAAGAGGGACGAUCCGAGGACAGCCGCUGGGCUGGCAACCAGACGCUACCAGAGGCCAGCGACAGCCCCGUGGGGAAGCCCCUGCGCCGAAGCGACCGCUUUGCCACCACACUGAGGAACGAGAUUCAGAUGCGUAGGGCACAGUUGCAGAAGAGCCGGAGCACUGUGGCGCUGAGUGAAGAACAGCCUGAGCCUGGGGGUUGCUGGCGAGCAGAUCCAGAAGGACCCACAACAGGGAUGGCAGCCGGGCCUACAGCUGGACCUACAGCUGCAUUCUCGGGCAGCUAUAAAGAGCACCUCAAAGAGGCCCAAGCCUGGGUGCUGAGAGCCACGUCGUUCAAGCGCCGAGACCUGGAUCCCAGCCCCACCGACACUCGAACUGGUGCUGCUGAGAACCGGCCUGAUGAGCGCAGUGGCCCUGCCUGGAUGGCUGUAGUCAGCGCUGCUGUCCCUGGCUCCUCUGAUGCGGUGGUCCCAGGGCCGCCGGUGUCCCGCAUUGGGGGCCGGAGGCGCUUUACUGCCCAGCAGAAGCUCCGGUCUUACUCGGAACCUGACAAGAUGCAUGAGGUGGGGCUGCCGCCAGAGUCCCCAGACGAGCCGUACCAGGCCCUGUCCAGGGACGCUGUGGGCAGCUUUGCCGAUCGGCGCAAGUUCUUUGAGGAGACCAGCAAGUCCAGUCCCCUACAGCCUACACACAGGCCAGCUGGUUCAGGCCUGCCCAAGGAGAAGGCGACAGUGGUCCGAGGUCGGGGACCUGAGUCCUGGGUGCCUGGCUGCAUGGUGGCCAGCAGUGGGAGCUACCCCGAGGCUGGGGAUGCCAGCCAGCAGGCAAGGCGGGAGCAGCCAGAGAGACUCGGCACCUUCGCAGAAUAUCAGGCAUCGUGGAGGGUGCCCCGGAAAGCACUGGAAGCCCGUGGGGCCGGGAGGUGCCACUCGGCAGACGACAUCCUGGAUGUGAACCUGGAACAGCCACGGCCUCGGCCCAUGCACGGGAGGUCUCGCUCCUCGCCCUCCAGUGAGCUGCACCAGCAGGAAGUGUCGCCAGAGGAGAGUGCAGCGCCAGGAGUGGUCCCUGCCAAACAAUCUGAGGAUCCCCAGCUCUCGGCCAGACAUGAUGAUGUCCUGUGUCCAGGUGUAGCCGCUGGUCUUGGACCACAUAAAGGGGUCCCCUGCUCUGAGGAGAUUCCCGAGGAGCCCCAGGAGGGCCGCGGCCGAGCGGGGACCCUCCCACGUGACUACAGAUACUCGGAGGACAGGGGACAGACCCUGCUGCCAGCCACAGCGCUCCCUCUCACCAAGAGGCCCCCUCAAAGACCUCCACCCCCACAGCGUGAGCCUAGACAGCUCCGAGGUGUGGUUGGCGUGGGUGAGCCUGCUCACUUGGACACCCCUGCUACCCCAGACACCUCCAGGCAGCCUGUGCUCGUGCCCACACGGUCUCCAAGUCCCAGUGGCCCUGCGGACAGGCCGAGUGGAGCCCAGGUUGUGGGAGGCCCUGCAGAGGGCAGUGAGGCCAGCGGACAGGCCUAUGAGCUCCCACACGGCCCCCCACACGAAGCCCUACACCCCCCUAGCUGCCGGCUCCCUCACACGUCUGCCAUGGAGACGUCUCGCUCUCCUUCGCCCCAGUUUGCCCCCCAGAAGCUGACGGACAAACCGCCCCUGCUCCUCCAGGAUGAGACUUGCACCAGGAUUGAAAGGGUGAUGGGCAGCCACAGUACAGUGAAGAUAGUGCCCGUGAAGAUCGUGCAUGCUGAGAGCCAGCCCGAGAAGGAGAGUCGCCAAGGCCUGGCCCGCCCUGCUGAGCUGCCCGCCCUGCCCAGUGGGCUGGAGCGCGACCAGAUCAAGACACUGAGCACAUCGGAGCAGUCAUACUCACGCUUCUGCAUCUACAGCCGCCAGGGUGCUGCCCCUGUCCCCGCCCCAGACAGUGGCCAGGCCUGCCCCACGGUGCCCACUACAAGCACCAGCACUGGUGCCAGCACCACCAAGGCCAAUCAGAGGUCGGCCGAGGACCUAAAGUCCGAAGAGCUGGCUCGGGAGAUUGUGGGCAAGGACAAAUCACUGGCGGAGAUCCUGGACCCUGGCAUGAAGGUGCGGACCACCAUGGACCUGAUGGAGGGCAUCUUCCCCAAGGACGCCCACCUCCUGGAGCAGGCCCAGCAGCGGAGGAAGCUGCUGCCCAAGAUGCCCUCACCUCGUACCACAGAUGACAGGAAAGAGGAACUGAACACACUCUCGGCCACAUCCCUGGCCACCAACUCAGCCUAUUAUAGCACAUCAGCCCCCAAGGCGGAGCUGCUCAUCAAGAUGAAGGACCUUCGUGAGCAGCAGGAGCCAGAGGAGGACUCGGAAGGUGACCUGGACCACGACCUGUCUGUGAAGAAGCAGGAGCUCAUCGAGAGCCUGGGCCGCAAGCUACAGGUGCUGCGGGAGGCACGAGCCAGCCUGCUGGACGACAUCCAGGCCAAUAGCGCGCUCGGUGAGGAGGUGGAGGCGUUGGCCCAGCGUGUGUGCCGACCCAAUGAGUUCGACAAGUUCCGCAUGUUCGUUGGUGACCUGGACAAGGUGGUCAACCUGCUGCUGUCGCUGUCCGGCCGCCUGGCCCGAGUGGAGAACGCCCUCAACAAUCUGGAUGACAGCGCGUCUCCUGGCGACCGGCAUUCACUUCAGGAGAAGCAACGGGUGCUGAUCCAGCAGCACCAGGAUGCCAAGGAGCUGAAGGAGAACCUGGACCGGCGCGAGCGCGUGGUCUGUGACAUCCUGGCGGGCUACCUGGGUGAGGAACGCCUGGCAGAUUACGAGCACUUCGUGAAGAUGAGGUCUGCCCUCAUCAUCGAGCAGCGUGAGCUGGACGACAAGAUCCAGCUGGGUGAGGAGCAGCUCAAAUGCCUGCUGGACAGCCUGCCACCUGAGCGAAGCAAAUAGGGGCCUGAACCCCAAACUCUGCCAUCCCUAUUUAUAUCCUUGUCUCCUCUCCCCUGGCCCCCAAGAACCCAGCAGUAGCGAAAAGCCUCUGAGGAGAAAGAAAACAAAACAAAACGAGCAAUAAUUUGUGUGUUGGGGUUGAGUUUGUUUCCUUUCCUCCUCUCCCUGCCGAAUGCUCAGUAGUGCCCUCACCCGCCCCCAGGGAGCACUGGAGAGCAGUGAGUCACUUGGGGGGGAUUUUUUUUUCU